AUGAAGGAGUUUGCAAGGAUAGCACGCUAUUGUUUACACACUGAACCAAAACAACGCCCUACCAUGGCGGAGGUUGUGGUCAAGCUGGAGUCUAUUCUUUCACAAGAAACGGAAAUUGCCAAUUCUGUUGUUAGUGAAGAAGGACUCAUUUACAAGCUAAGAUCUAUUUUCACAGGCAAAGUUGGUGCUUCAAUAGGAAGCAAAUCUGAUUUCAGCAUGUACCAUGAAUACAUACGAAUCGAAAUUGAUACUACAAGAGGAAGCAAUAAGGAUGAAAGUUUUAGAACUUUCACAUAUGCUGAAUUGGCAAGUGCAACAAAUGAUUUCAUGGAGGAGGUGUAUACCCCAACUUUAUAUGAAUCCAUUUAUAAAGGAUGGGUAGAUGAAAGGACAUAUGAUCCAACAGAGUCUGGUGUUGGUUUGGCGAUAUAUGUUAGGAAGAUCGAGAUUCUCUGGAAGGAUUUUAGUGCUCAGCUUUCAGAUUUUUCCUUUGUUUCUUUCACGUUCCAAAUGGAUCGAUAUUAUGCAGCCCCUGAGUGGUUUCGCUACCGAGCAAACAGAUUUGAUAGUCUUUUCCACGAAGAAGACACAUUUGUUAGUCUUCACAGACUAUCCCCUGCAGAUGAUUUUGCUAUGAAAAAUGAGAUCUAUGCUUUUGGAGUGGUACUGCUAGAAAUACUAACCGGGAUGAUGGUGUAUGAUGAGGAGAGACCCCUCGGAAAGGAAAAUUUGGUGGAAUGGGCUAUACCAUUUUUAGCAGAUGAGGUAAGCCUGAGAAUUAUUAUGGACCCACAACUUCAACAUAACGAUUGUCCUCCAAAGGGAGCAUUCAAGUUGGCUCAACUUGUUUUAAACUGUCUUCAUCCAAAAAAAGACGAACGCCCAUCAAUGGAAGAAAUCUUGCAGGUGCUGAAUCGUUGUUAUCAUGAAGAAAUCAAAAUAGUUUGA